GUCCCUGGUGUGUUUUAUUAGAAAAUGUAUCCACACAAUAUUGUCAAGUAGGAUAAGAAAUGUCUUGCUGAAUAUGGACUAUAGCCACAACAGAUAACAGAUAAAUGAUAAAUGGUCUUAAUGCUAUAUGACCUAAGGGGGCAGUGUUGUGCCUAAGCUAGGUCUAACCGCCAGGUUUCUUAUCGUACGAAGAAGAACGAGGCUACGAAUAAAACAAACAGCUACAAAACACUCAUCCUUUAAAUUAUAGCGACUAAUAAUACUUUAGCCUAACAGAAAAAAACAUUUUGCCUCCACACACUGACAUUACCACCCAGAAACACUCGCUAGCUUGCUCUUCUCAGCGACAAUAUUUUCAGACAACGGUAUUUAAUAUCCAAAUAUUAGCUUAUUUAGCCUUUGCCUAUCGUUAGCUCACAGCUAACUGCGCUCCCGUUUGGGGUUACGACGCAGCAUUAUUUUCGGUGGUCUGCAGUUAUAAAUAUUUUUUGUUUAAACUGCUCCAAACAUGUCGGAUAAUUACGAAUUCAGCGACGACGCUGCCAUGAUGAAAAUGGAGGAGGACGGAGAGGGGAACUGUGACGACCCGAUGUCAGCGGCCGGGGACAGUGGCCUGGUGGGGGGCGAGGCCGAGGGAUCCAGGAUUGACGCCAGUAAAAACGAGGAGGAUGAAGGGAAGAUGUUUGUAGGAGGGCUCAGCUGGGACACGACCAAGAAAGAUCUGAAAGAUUACUUCUCAAAGUUUGGGGAGGUCGUGGACUGCACAUUAAAACUGGACCCCAUCACUGGACGUUCAAGAGGUUUUGGCUUUGUGCUCUUCAAAGAAUCAGAAAGUGUUGACAAGGUUGCUUCACAAAAGGAGCAUAAACUCAAUGGUAAAGUGAUUGACCCCAAAAAGGCCAAGGCCAUGAAAAGCAAGGAGCCAGUGAAGAAGAUAUUUGUGGGCGGUCUCUCUCCAGACACCCCUGAGGAGAAAGUCAGAGAGUACUUUGGUGCCUUUGGAGAGGUGGACUCUAUUGAACUGCCCAUGGAGAACAAAACAAACAAAAGGAGAGGCUUCUGCUUCAUCACAUUCAAAGAAGAGGAACCAGUGAAGAAGAUCAUGGAGAAAAAGUACCACAACAUUGGACUCAGCAAGUGUGAAAUAAAGGUGGCGAUGUCUAAAGAACAGUACCAACAGCAGCAGUACUGGGGAGGCAGAGGUGGAUACUCAUCCAGGUCUCGAGGAAGAGGUGGUGGUCCCAAUCAAAAUUGGAACCAGGGCUAUGGCAACUACUGGAAUCAAGGUUAUGGAAACUAUGGCAAUUAUGGAUACAGUAAUCAAGGAUAUGGAGGAUAUGGUGGCUAUGAUUACUCUGGUUACAACAACUAUUAUGGAUAUGGUGACUAUGACAGUGAAGAUCAAUCGGGCGGAUAUGGCAAGUCGCCACGGCGUGGUGGUCACACCAACAGUUACAAGCCAUAUUAAAGGGGAAUCAAACCCUCACCAUCAAGUAGGUAUGCAUCAACAAAUUUAUACCACACACUUGUCAUUUUUAAAAUAGUUAAAUUAAUUUUGCUGUUUGGUAACAUUAUGAAUAAUUUCCCUUUUUGUUUUUUUAUAAAUGUCUUUUUCUCAGCACCGUCAAGUGCUUUACAGUAGUGGUAACAUAGAGGCUACACUGUUUGUGGCGAUUAUUGUAACAGCCGGCCUUCUGCUGCCUCUUUUUGCACCUUCUUUCUUUCUCUUUUUUUUUUUUUUAAACUGUAAAGUUAACAGGUAAAGUACUGCUACUACAGUAAAUGGAUGCCAAAGUUAAGGAUGUGCAAGGAAACAGAAAAGGAAGUAUGUUGUCUCCUAACUCUGACAUACCUUGUUUGUACCUGCCAGCGGAGCUUCCUUGCAGGCCAUGAGCUGACUCCCAGAUACUCUCAGGGCCCGCUCAAUGCGGACUGGGUACGAGAAGCAUACGCUCUCGAAUGCUGCCAUUUGGUAUGGUCUUCCAACAUCCUGUAUCCGCAUUUCUAAACUAAACAAUAUGGGACACGUCCAGCUUUGUCACCUUUCUUUCCAUUUUUGAAUUUCUUUGCAACUGUAUGUAAUGUAAAAGUAAAAUUAUACACAUGUAAUUGUCAUUUUUUACAGGCCCUUACUCCCCCACAAGUAAUGAUUUAUAAAUAUGAGAAAAUAACUAUUUGCUUUUCAAAGGAUACGUACAGCUUUCUCUGGACUUUCCAGUUCCUAAAUGUUAAUAUAUGCAUUCCUAAUCUUUUACCUAAAAUGCUUGUUUUCUUUAUUUAGCUCUUGUAGCCUGUAGUCCAUGAGCUAAAUCCUGGUUCGUAUUUGGACUCUACUGUGUUGGGGGAUAAAGUGCUUUUACUUUUGUGUACAUGUAUUGUUCUGUUUUUUUUUUUACUGACAGCGAAGGAAAAAGAACUCCUCUUUUCUCAAUUUUUCCUGUAACAAAAAUCUUCCUCUAAUAACCUUUUUGUAAAUCAAGAGUCACUACAUUUGCAGACAUUUGCAUGUAACUGCUGUCUUUAAUGUGUACUUUUGACCACAGUCGAAGGCUUCUUCCGUUUAAGUAUUUGGGCUUUGACCUGUCGAAUUUAUCACACCACAGGAUUUCUAGCUUAUGGACUAACUUUUUUUUUUCGUAACUGUAAUAUGUUAAAUAUUUCCCUUUUUUCUUUUGACAUUGGACAAUAUAGACACAGGGGAUUCCUAUUUAAUUGUGACUUAACUAUUGUGUUGUUUGUCUAUAGCUGAUUUGUGUUUGUUUGUUUUCCAUAGGUUUCAGUGUGAUGAUGAUGAUGAUGAUGAUGAGAGUCUGCAGUGAACUCACAGUUGGAGAAAGAGAUGAUGGUAUCCAGCAAAGGCCAAUUAGCUGAUUGUAAGAAAAGUAAAAGAAGAACACAGUGACCUACAGUACACAUUCUCUCUCUCGCUCUUUCCCAGAGUAUUUGUUGUAUCUUAAAAAACGUUUUGUCAUGUUUUUGCAUUUAUUUAGAUCACUGCAGAGUUUUAGCAGUCCCUCGUCCCCGUCUUGUUUUUUUGUAUUUACUGUUUUCAGUUAUUGCUCGUUUUGUGAAAUUGCUUGAUUUUAUUCCAUAACUGAAGCGUUAGAUUGUUUGAUACAAGUCAUGCAUAUACAUAUAUAUAUAGAUAUAUAUAUUUAAAAAAACAAGUACUGUGGCAGCAAAGAAUAUGCAUCGCUAUAAUCUACUCUCUUCUUUAUCCAUCAGUCAAAAUAUACAUGUUAUUACAGUCAUAAACAUACAGUGUAUAUAUAUAUAUGUAUAUAUACAUACACACAGUGCAUUGACAUCAAGAAAUGUGUCAAGAAUAAACUCUUAAUUUUGGAUUUGCGACCCUGUGGUGUGACGUCACAUGUUCAUGGACUUGGAGUGUUUUAGGAUAUAGCUCAGUCAAUGUUGUUAAUCUUCCCAAGAAAACUAAUCAAUACACUUUAUAAUAAUAACAAUAAUGAUAGAAAAUUAAAUCAAUACCAUUUAGAUUUUUACCUGCACACAAAGCAGCGCCUUGUUUUGAAAUGAAAACGCCCCAAACUGCUCAAUAAAAGUCGACUGUACAAACGUGAA